GAAUUUAAAGGAUCUGGGUUAUCUGAUCAAGAUUUACGCUUUAGAAGAUGGAAAUGCAAUGUCAUUGUGGGAAAUAAUAGGAAAUGUUUCAGUUUUAAGUGCUGAAAGAUUCAUCUAUAUUGACUGGUCACUUUUUGAUGGUGUCAUUGCUGACUCUCUUGAAGAUAAAAGAGCCAUUUCAAGCCUUAUGCAGGAGCCCUUUUGCUCAGUGCCACUUAUAUGGAUGGUUCAUGAAGACACACUAGCAAAUAGGCUUCAAAUUUAUGAGAGUAUGGGGUGGGAGCAUCUGAUGUUCCAUUGGAGGGCUGCCUUUCACAGGGCUGAUGUUGUUGUAUUUCCAGAUUUUUCAUUGCCGAUGCUAUAUAGUGUGCUUGACACAGGAAACUUCUUUGUCAUCCCUGGAUCACCAAAAGAUGUUUGGGCUGCUGAAAGCUACAGUAGGACCCAUUCCAAAUCCCAGUUAAGGGAGGAAUAUGGUUUUGAUAAAGAUGACAAACUUGUUCUAGUUGUCGGAAGUUCAUUCCUCUACAAUAAGCUAUCAUGGGAUUAUGUUUUACCAAUGCGAGAGAUGGAAC